AUGGCGCCGAGCAAGGACCGCAUCUCCUACUUCUACGACGCGGACGUUGGGACGUCGUACUAUGGGAACAAUCACCCGAUGAAGCCGCAUCGUCUCGCGAUGACGCAUCACCUCGUGCUGUCGUACGAUCUGCACAAGAAGAUGGAAGUCUACCGCCCGCGUCGGUCGUACCCCGUGGAGAUGUCGCAGUUCCACGCGGAAGAUUACGUGGAUUUCCUCUCUCGCAUCACCCCAGACACGCAACAGGACCACACCGAGCAGAUGCAACGGUAUAACCUCGGCGAGGACUGCCCCAUAUUCGACGGUCUGUUUGACUUUUGCAAGCUGUACACGGGCGGGAGCAUCGACGGCGCGGUGCGAUUGAACCACGGCCUCAGCGACAUCGCGAUCAACUGGUCCGGGGGGUUACACCACGCGAAGAAGUCGGAGGCGUCCGGGUUCUGUUACAUCAACGAUUUAGUCCUCGCGAUCCUCGAACUCCUGAAGCAUCACCCGAGGGUUCUGUACAUCGACAUCGACAUCCACCACGGCGACGGCGUGGAAGAAGCUUUUUAUUUAACCGACAGAGUCAUGACCGUGUCGUUCCACAAGUACGGCGACAUGUUCUUCCCCGGCACCGGCGCGCUCAAAGACGUCGGCGGCGACGCGGGGAAAUAUUACAGCGUCAACGUCCCUCUCCUAGACGGCAUGGACGACGCCGGGUUUAGGGCCAUCUUCAAGUCCGUGAUGCAGAAAGUCAUGGACGUGUACCAGCCCGGCGCGGUCGUGCUUCAGUGCGGCGCGGACUCGCUCGCGGCGGACAGGUUAGGAUGCUUCAACCUGACGUUGGACGGACACGCGGACUGCGUGAAGUUUAUGAAGCGGUUCAACGUGCCUCUGCUGGUGACGGGCGGCGGCGGGUACACGAAGUCCAACGUCGCGCGGUGCUGGACGUACGAGACCGCGGCGCUUCUGGACAAGACGUUGUCCACGGACAUCCCGGAGCACGAUUUCUACUACGAGUACUACGCGGACGUGGGGUAUAAGAUGAAGGUGCAGCCGACGAAUUACAUCGAAAACUUGAACACGAAGACGUACCUGCAGGACGUAAAGCAGCAGGUGAUGGAGAACUUGCGCGCGUUGGAGCACGCGCCGGGGGUGGGGAUGCACGAGGUUCCGCCGGACUCGAUGAUCCCGGAGUUUGACGAGGACGAGUUGAACCCGGACGAGAGGUACGGCGGCGCGGCGGGAAUGGACAAGUUGGUCUUCGGCGACGACGAAUUUUACGAGGACGACAAGGACCAAGACCGGUGACGACGGAUACGUGCGGUCGAUACUGUACCGACCGGGGUUUUUUUGAACGCGUGGCCCCUGUUCGUCCACGUGUGCGUGAUACCGUACACGUGUCCUACUAGUUCUAGUCGCUCGCGCGAUCGCUCUGAUUCGAUCGGUCGCGAUGUAAUACGUACGUAAAGAAUAGCAGUC